GUGGUUCAUGAUCAUUUUUCACACUUACAACUGUGGCCGCGUCCCCAUGGACAUGUGACCAAAAUUCAGAGGCUUGGCAACUGGUUUAUAUUUAUGACGGUCGCAGAGUCCCAGGCUCAUAUGAUCAUCUGUUGCAACCUUCUGACAAGCAAAGUCAGUGGGAAAGUCAGAUUCAGGUAACAACCUUAAAAAACAACCUGUCUCUAACUUAACAAUUGCAGUGUUUCACUUAAUAAACAUGGCAAGAUGUUAAGUGAGUUUUGCUCCAUUUUACCAUCUGCCUUGCUUAGCAAGAGAAAUGUUGGGCUCAAUUACGGUCAUAAGUCGAGGACUACUUGUAAAUAUCAUAGUGCUCUUUAAAUAACUUGAGAGAAUGAUUAUGCAGAAGUCAAUAAUUAUUUUCUUCUCUUGGUGCAGGUCAUAGAAAGCUGGUUUUAAAUAAUAAAAUAAUAAUAAUAAUCAUCAUCAUCAUCAUCAUCAUCUACUGAUAUUACGAGAAAUGUCCCUUGGUUAAACAUACAGGGUGGAUUUCUCAUCACUGGAUGUGUUUAAGCAAAGGCUAGAGAAGAUCAGUAGUUUAAAUAUUGUGGCUUGAUUAUCUAUUUGUUUAUUCUAAAAAUAAGGCUGUUGGCUAUUCAGCUGAAUUAUGGAAAUAAAAGUGUAUUGUUUUAAAUGAAUUUUGGAAAGGAACAGUGAAUUCUAGUUUACAGCCAAUACAGUACUAUUACCCUAAAUUAGAUAUUGUACAAAGGAACAUGAGAAAUAUUUUGCGUGCGUCUUUUUGAACUGAGUUUGCCCCAACUAAGUAUUAAAACAAUUCUUGCUACUACCUACACAGCUGCUAGCUCUUCAUUUUUUUUAUUAAUAAAAGUGCAUUAUGUUCCUGAAAUUUUAGUAUAGUUGACAACAAUUUUGGCUUAUCAACUAAAGAAAAAAUGCUGUCAGAAUUCCUGAAAGCAUAAUGUAACUGUCAUUAGCCUCCUACACAAGCUUUUCAAAGAGAGCUUAUUUGCUAGAAGGAGAUGGAGAUGUAUUGAUUGUAAAGUGUGGAUAUAGCAAAGUUUUUAAAAAGCUUUCAUUGUAUGAUACAUGUUUACUUUAAGAAUGGUACUACAUGGUUAAAUUUUCUAUUUAGUAAUAUUUUUCCAGAAAAUAUUUUUCUCCUUUUAAGCGAGGACAUAUUAAGAACGUAGGUGUUAGUUUUAUUUAAUGAAAGCUAUUGUGAGGAUAAUGUGUAGUGGUUCAUAAGCUCUUGAAAUUCUGUUUUUGAAGUAGUCCUUAUGGGCAAUAUUGAAGAAUCUUUUAUUUUUAACAAUUCCGUUAGUUCGUAUUUGAUGUGCUUUGUCUUUUUAAAAUGGUAAUUAAUUUUUUCUCUGAUUGCCUCUAAUCACUACAGAAAGCAAGCUUAGAGAUGUCUGCUAUACUCAAUUACUGUGCUUUGUUUUCAGCGAUGUCAUCAUUAUUUUUAAUCAUUGUUAAAAAUUAAUGCUAGCAUUAGCGUACAUUAAUGCACAUUAAAUUAGUAUUGAGGAUCAGUAACUAUCAUUCUGGUCCAGUGCUUCUGCCUUGACCUGUUUUUACACAUGCUUUUUAUAUGUGAAUUGCUUUACUGCACUUAUACAUACAUACAAAAUUAAAUACAUUUGAAGGAUAAAAUUAGUGCUCUAGGUGGUUCUCAACUCAUGACUGCAGUUGGGACUGGAAUUUCAAUCAUUAAAUUGUGAUGAUUGUAAAUUGAGGAACCCACAUGACCAGACCCAAUUUUAUGACUGUUUAUAUGGCAAUCAUUAAGAGAAUCAAGAUGUUGUAAAUCUGAAUCACAUGAUUGUUAAGUGAACCACAAGGUUGUAAGUGCUAACAUAUUCUCCUAAAAGGGUGUUUUUUUGCCAGAAACCAGCAAAAACACUAGAAAGGGCAAAAAAAUGUUGCAAAUCACAGUCAUAUGACUACAGAAUCUGCAAUCGAUGAUAAAUGUUAGUCAGUUUCUAAGCCCAUAAUGCAGUCAUGUGACCAUGGGAGGAGGAUGCAACAUUUUGAUAUGGCUAGAAUGAUAUGGCUGCUUUAUGGGUUAUAAAGCACCUUUUCGGAGGCAAUUGUAUCUCCAUACAGUCAUUAAAUGACCAGUCUUAAGUUGAAAAAUAUCUGUAGUUAUCAUGUUUCCCUGAAAAUAAGAGCCACCCAGAAAAUAAGCCCUGAUUUUUGGUGUGCGCCUAAUAUAAGCCCUACUCCCAAAAUAACCCUAGGUAAGAGCUCGCUCACUCCAUCCAACCGUACGGUUGUUCACUGCUGCAAUCGGACAGGAGAGUGUGUGUCACACUGGUGCUGUCGCCACAAGUUGAAGCAAGGCAGGUGGGGUAGAGCUGCCCCAUAUGCCCCACACCUGCUUACCUCAGGGCCUCCACAGCCAGGCCACUCCCUGUUCGGCGACCUCUGCUCACCAGUUCAAUGACCCAGCUGCCUGCCCAUCUCUUCCCGUUCACUCCCCACUUGAGCCGGACUGCCAUGCUAUGGAUGAUGGGCAGGGGAGGCUCAGUCGCCUUACCCGGCCCCCUUCUGCUGUUUUGGAGCCAGAGGGGAGUGAUAGAAAGAGGCUCUACUGCCGCCGCACAAUAGCUGCAUCUGCCGCUGGAGGGGCUUUCCUUGGUCAUGGUGCCACCACUUCGCCCCGCAGAUCACCUGCCCAGUGGCAGUCACAGCCUCCUUUCCCUCAAAUUCUCCCAUGGUUUAGGCUGAGGCCAGGUGGCGCAAGCCUCCCCUGCCGCAUCCCUCCACCUGCCAGACAUCUGCCCGCUCCCUCUGUCUGCCCACAGCCACAACGGCUUACAGGGCUUCUCAGGGCAGACGCUUGGGAGGCACGGGCAGUGCUGGUGGAAUGCACCUUCAGGUGAGGAGAGUGGCACGGACAUGUGGGGGCAGCUGAAGGACCAGGCAGCACAAGCCUCCCCUGCCACCUCCCUCCGCCUGCCAGACACCCACCAAAGCUGCCCGCCUGCUCCUCAUACUGUCUGCUUGUCCACAGCUGCAACAGCUUACAGGGCUUCCCAGGGCAGAGGCUCAGAAGGCGAGGGCAGCGCCAGCAGAAUAUGCCUUGUGGCGAGGAGGUAAGUGCUGUGGACAGGCGGAGGCAGCCAAAGGAUCGGGCAGAACAAGCCUCCUCUGCCACCUCCCUUCGCCUGCCAGACACGGGUCUUGUUUUCAGGGAAACGCUGUACUAGUGUUUUUCGCCCCUUAUAUUACAGUAAUACACAUUUAAACAGUACUAUUGAAAUUAGAAACUGUGACUUGAAUAUUGGGACUAUGGAAACUUAUCUUAGCAUAUAGAUCUACACCUUAAGGUAGGCUAUUUAAUUUUAUAAUAUGUAUUUCAAUAUCUUCUCUACUUUUCAAUUAAUUGUGAUAUAUAAAUGGACAGAUGGGUUGCUAUGCAUUACUGUAAUUGGCACUUUUAAAGGAUUAUGUCCUUCCAUAUGCUUAAACAAUUCCUAUUUAAUGAGUAUAGCUCUGUCUAAUGGCAAUGAAUGGAAACUGUCAGGAUUGAUUCCUCAUUUCUUCAAUCUUUCCCAUGCUGUAAGGAAGCUAUCCCACUUCGAUGUUUUUCUAUCUCAAAAGUAGGUGAAGGAAUGGAUGAAGAACCCUCACCCAUUCCCACUUUUAUGAAUGCUCAAUUAUUUAUCCCAUAUAACAAUUUGUUUAACAAUUACAAUUGGGACCAACAAUUCCAUUGCUAAGUGAUGUGGUCAUUACGUAUAAACAUGACUACUAUGGUCAUGAGAGGACUAAUUCUAAAGCUAUUUUUUCAGGGGCAUCGUAAUUUUGUUUGCUAAACAGGACAAUCAUUAAGCCAAGAGUACUUGUAAAUUUGUUAGCUUUCAGGUGCCAAAAGGUUUCUUACUGGUUUUAUAAUCUUCCUCAAAACCAACAUUAAAGUAGAAAAAUAUUGAUGUUUGGCUUUUAAGUGACUGGUCACUUUUAUUGACAAUUAUUUUAAAAGCAAAAGCAAAUAGAGACAUAUUUGCUAUAAUAAGUCUAAAGUAUUUUACUGGUAUGUAUUUCUUUUCAGUAGCAAUGCAGCAAGUUUUGGAUAAUCUUACCGAUUUACCCUCAUCAUCAGGAGCUGAAGAAAUAGACCUUAUUUUCUUGAAAGGAAUUAUGGAAAAUCCUAUUGUAAAAUCACUUGCUAAGGCUCAUGAACGAUUAGAAGAUUCUAAACUUGAGGCUGUGAGUGAUAACAAUCUGGAGCUGGUCAAUGAGAUUCUUGAAGACAUCAGUCCAUUAAUAAAUAAAGAUGAAAAUAUUGCCGAAUUGAUUGGUAUACUAAAAGAACCACACUUUCUAUCACUCUUAGAAGCUCAUGAUAUUGUGGCAUCAAAAUGUUAUGAAUCUCCUCCCUCUAGUCCAGAAAUAAAUAAUGCUUCAGUGAACAAUCAGAUAGUACCAGUCGAUGCUAUUCGUAUACUUGGAAUUCAUAAAAGAGCAGGGGAGCCUCUGGGUGUGACAUUUAGGGUGGAGAAUAAUGACCUGGUGAUUGCAAGAAUCCUUCAUGGAGGAAUGAUAGACCGACAAGGUCUCCUACAUGUAGGUGAUAUCAUUAAAGAGGUUAAUGGUCAUGAAGUUGGAAACAAUCCAAAAGAAUUGCAAGAACUCCUGAAGAGUAUUAGUGGUAGUGUCACUCUGAAGAUUCUUCCUAGCUACAGAGAUAAUAUUGUUCCCCAACAGGUAUUUGUGAAGUGUCACUUUGAUUAUAAUCCAUUCAAUGAUAAUCUCAUUCCAUGCAAAGAAGCUGGUCUUAAAUUUUCCAAGGGAGAAAUUCUUCAGAUUGUAAAUCGAGAAGACUCAAACUGGUGGCAGGCCAGCCAUGUCAAAGAAGGAGGAAGUGCAGGACUUAUUCCUAGCCAGUUCUUAGAAGAAAAGAGAAAAGCAUUUGUUAGACGGGACUGGGAAAAUUCAAGUCCUUUCUGUGGGACAAUAAAUAGUAAAAAGAAGAAAAAAAUGAUGUAUCUCACAACUAGAAAUGCAGAAUUUGAUCGACAUGAAAUUCAGAUAUAUGAGGAAGUAGCAAAAAUGCCUCCAUUUCAAAGAAAAACACUGGUCUUAAUAGGAGCCCAAGGAGUUGGUCGAAGAAGUCUGAAAAACAGAUUUAUUGUAUUGAAUCCCACAAAAUUUGGAACCACAGUACCGUUUACAUCACGGAAAUCAAGGGAUGAUGAGAAAGAUGGGCAAGCAUACCGGUUUGUGUCACGAAGUGAAAUGGAGGCAGAUAUUAAAGCAGGAAGAUAUUUAGAACACGGGGAAUAUGAAGGAAAUCUUUAUGGUACCAAAAUAGAUUCUAUCAUUGAAGUGGUUCAGACUGGAAGAACAUGUAUCUUGGAUGUGAAUCCGCAGGCACUUAAAGUGUUGCGGACAUCAGAGUUUAUGCCCUAUGUAGUUUUUAUUGCUGCUCCAGAACUCGAAACCCUGCGUGCAAUGCAUAAAGCUGUGGUUGAUGCAGGAAUUACAACCAAGCUUCUAACAGAUACUGAUCUGAAGAAAACUGUUGAUGAAAGUGCACGGAUCCAGAGAGCUUAUAGUCACUACUUUGAUCUGAUUAUUGUGAAUGACAACCUAGACAAAGCUUUUGAGAAGUUGCAAACUGCUACAGAGAAAUUGAGGAUGGAAUCACAGUGGGUCCCGAUUAGCUGGGUAUACUGACAGUUCUUUUGAAGAUGAAACAAACACCAUAUUAUGUUAGUUGAAACAAACACUAAUAAGAAAAUAUUGUACAGUGGUGCCAGAUACUUGGCAGGACCCAAUAUGUUUUUAUUUUAUGUAUAUUAAAAUAAUAGUAUGCUAGUUAAAUUUUUUAUACAAAAUGUUGAAGGGAAAGUGUACUUAAUAUGUAAUUUAUUUUAAUUUUUCUAACUUUUUACAAAUAACCUUUUUAUUCAUAUCACAUGAAGGAAAUGCGUUGAAGCAUUUUAAUAAAUGUUUUGAUUUACUAUUUUGCCUUUAUUCAUCUAAAGAAUUUUCCAGUCAUUCAUUUAUACAUUUGAUCUUACAUUUUCACUGUGAUAAGGAGACAAAUACUUGAAAAGGUUUUUGUAAAACUCUGUUUUAAAUCAAAUGUUUCAUCUGAUUAGUUUUUAUUAUUUAGAUAUAAUCCUUGUCCUAACAGGCAUACAUCCUUGACAUAAGCAAAAGUUUCAAUAAAACAACCAGCACUGAGCCAUGUUACUCAGACAUAUUUGCUUAAUGUUUAUCCAUGUUUUGCAGCUGUUUUGUCUUAGGCAGAUGUACUGUAGACUUUUAUGUAGAUUCCCUUUUUACAUAGAUGUAAAAGCAAUAUCUUAAACUUUCCCUAAGAGUCCAUUUUAAAAAGCCAACAUUUCAACCCAUUCAGUAAGUAUUUUUCAAAGACUUUUCGUAAUGUAAAUUCAUUGUGUUUGAGGUAAUGGUGAAGUAGCCUUAAAGAACCUCGUGCUACAGAGUCUUAGUAAAGAACUCAGCAUGUAGAAUGUAUGUUCUUAGUUGUGGAAAACUCAUGGCUUAGAGGAACAAAAUCUGCUUUUUAUUAUGACCUCGCUCUGUACUUGUAUAUUGUUCUGUGACUGGCUUUUAGUUUAUACCAGAGUAUUUAUGAGUGAUUGUGUGUUAUAAAAUGUAACGUGAUGGGGCUUUGAGCUGAUACUUUGUGUUACAUGGCUUUAUUCACCAAAAGUGUGUGAAACUAAAAUUGUCAGAUGCUAAAAUUCAGUAUUAUUUAUCAAAGAAUUUAUUUUUGUUUCACACUCAUAUUUUACAGUGUUAGUUAAUAACUUCCUUUAGUUAGUUUAUUAUCUUAGGUUCAUAUUUACUGAUUUACUAAUAAAUACAUUUCCAAUACAUAUUCUAUUGAGAGGAUGUAGAUAUGGAUGAUUACAAAGAGGGAAUAAUCUGAUAAUAUUUGAUAUUAUGUCUGCUAUUAUAAAUAGAGCCAUCCAUUGCUAACAUACAGAGGGCCUGAGGUGGUUAUCACCUCCCCAUUUCAUUUAUUUUGCAUAUGAGUUUGGGCACUACGAUUACAGAGCUUAUUUUCAAUACCAAAGUAUCAUACACAAGAUGCCAACAAUGAAAAAAUAUUGGAAAAGGCCAAGACAGUAUAAACUAGCUUUUAAUUAUUUUGGCUUAUAAGAUGCACAAGGAAACAGGGUUUCAAUAGUUUUUAGUUUAUAUAGAGAAAUGUUGACACCAAAAAAGUAUUGUAGAUUAAAAAACCUUUGUGGUAUUUUUUUAAAGACUUAAGCAUAUUUUGUAAAAGUUAUGCAAAUAAUUGCAUAUCUGUGUCUUAAUUGCUAUUGGUAUUUAGAAAUUAGCUUCUAACAAUAUGAAAUAGAGAAAUUUAUUUCUGUUGCAUUAAUUCUGUAGAUAGGCUGAUAUUAAGUAUUUAAAAAAAAUAUGUAUACCUGAGUCUGGAAAAAAAAUUGCUGGUACCCAAAAUGACAUUUUAUUCUGUAAUUUCAAUGUCAUUGCAGGGGUAUGAUGUGGGUUACAAUGUAAAAAUGACUAUACUUUUAUUGAAAUAAUGUUGUUUGAAUGGAGAUUGAGUGGAAGACAUUGCUGAAUUCUCAAGUCGAAGAAUUGCUUCUCAUUCCUUUGUUUUCUAAUACUACAUUAGAUAGCAUUCCAGUUUGUUUGUUGCUACUGCUCUUUGCUAGAUGAGAGUUUGGGCUGCAUUUUAAGUAGCCUUGAUUAAAGUUCUGUUCAGAUUUUACCUGAACUGUUUUUUAAAAAAAAUAAAAUGUUCUCAAGCAGGAUAUUCAGUCUAUUCCCAUCUUGUUUUGUUUCUAGCCAUUGAUUUUUAUUAUCCACUUUGGUUGGAAAGCAGGUUUUUCAAAUUGGGCUUAGUUCAAGGAAAGUUUAGCAAGUGAUUAAAGGAGUUUGAUUUUGGUUUUAAGGCUCAAAAGCUCACUGCUGUCAAACAGGAAGAAGAAAAAGAGAACAUCAGUAUUUGCCUUAAUGGCUUUCUAAAGAAAUUGUUAACAGUCGGGAACUGGUCCAGAAAUAUUUUAUAUUUUCUCUGGGCAUGCUGGUACUCCUAUAUCAUCUUGGGAGAACUGCUCAUAUCACAGAAUUCACUCUUGGCAUUAGUGUGGAAAUUUAAACCACAAGUCCUCAAUGUAACAGGAAAAGUUAGUUCGCUACAUGCAUAAGAAUUACUGCAUUUGAUAUAAACUAUAGUACACCUCUAUUCUCAGUGGCAGAAUAUCAUGGGCCAUUCACUAUUUUUGCUGCAUGGGUGUAAUCCCAGCUAUGAAGAAAUUAAAACUUUAAAUACAGAAACCCAUGAAUUUAUCCUCCCACUGAAUGGCAGCAAUGGAGAAGUAUGCAACAGGCAAAAUGCUUCCAAGGACAGUACCACGAUGCUACAGUUGGUAAAUGAGGUACAGAAUGGAUUAAUUGGGAAGGUGUAAAUCAGAGGCAGAACAUUUUAAGUGUCCUAAUUUCAGUUCUUGGCAUCUUUGUCUGAAACUGAGUUACUGUCAAUUCAGUUGAAUAUAAAAAUGGAAAAAGUGUCUAUGCUUAACAUGAGUAUGUGAAAUGGAAAGACAAUAUUGCUUGCUGACAUUAGGGUACGUACUUAUCUGUACCAAAGUAAAUAUAUAUUGAAAUAUGUUAAGUGUAUAGGUAUGCCUGUGUAAUAAUAGUAGAAAACAAUGGUUUAUGCAAUUGCCUAUAAUAGAUGUUAACAUGGAUUAGUAAAUACUGUUCAUUAUUCUAUUCUAUAAUUUUAACAAAAAUUAUGGAAUGGAAAAAAAUCAAUAAAAGUGGAUGGCAGUUAUUAAAACAUUACUUACCUAUUAAGGCAAUCCAUAAUUGUAUCUGUUGAAGCUUUUUUAAAAAAUAAUAAUUUUCCAUAAAUAGUUUAUACAUUAUGGUAACUUUAAGAUUAUACCUAAACUACAAUAGGUCAUACUGAAUUCACGGGAACUAUUAAGUUCAUGGAAUAUAUAAUUAUUAUAUAUUUAUUUAAACUUUUCAUUUAUCUUAAAUUUAUAAUAAAAUGUAGUAUAUUUUAAUCAAGUUGAGUCUGACCAAAAUCAAAGCUCAUUUUAGUUUUUAAUAUAAAUGCUUAUUUCUAUUUAGCCAGUAAUUUGAUCUUCAAACAGUGAAGCUGCUAUUGUUUUAAACUAUUUUUGGCCUUCAACAUUUGUAAAUACAAAUGUAACAAUCAAUUUAGUGUCAGAAACACAGUUGUCAUAAUAAAGGAAAAUUAUAAAAAGAACUUUGAAUAAGAGCUAAAAAGAGAGACAUUUUAAAUCAGGGACUUCCAACCUCGAGGCUGCGGUCCACUACGAGGUCACAGGCCAUUUAGAAUUGAGCUGUAGAAGCGGCAGGCAAGCACAUGUGCAUGUUCAGCUCCACUUGUGCGUGCAGCAGGCAGACAAGCAUGCAUGCACAACUCCAUUGUGCAAGUAGCAGACGGAUAUGCCUGCUGCAUGCACAAAUGGAGCUGCUUGCUUGCCCACUGUUCGCAUGGAACCAUCUUUUCUCCCCUCCCCGCCAGCCCACAAAACUGGCAAGAUUGGAGACCACUGUUUUAAAUAACAGUUCAUGCUGGUGCCUCAGAAAAAACUCUAUCUCUCUAUUCAACCUGCUAGUAUCACAGAUAAGCAGCGAGUUUAAAAUAAUUAUGUACAAAAUAUUUGAGUAAUUUUUUGUAGUUAAGAGAUUUUGAAAAAAAAUGCUCAAAAAUAAUAGCAAUAAUUUAACUGCUACCACAAAGUCUGGUAAAUCCUAUCAAUAAUAAUAAGAUCUCAAGUUUGGGAUGCCUAAAAACAAUGAGAUAUUGUUUUAGCAUUUUGUGGAAUCAGCAGCAACGGCUGUUUUUGAGAAUGAUGCAGAAUUUUGAAUGCAAACUAUUGUGUUCAAGUCUGCAUACAAUACCUAUAGAAUGGAUUGCGGUUAGGUAUGUAUGUUUGGAAUAAAAAUGUAUAAAAUGCAGACUUUUUUGAAAUAUUUGUCUGAAAUUCAUUUAAUUUCAAAUCCUGAGUAAUUUUUUUUAUCUACUCAGAAUCAAAUAUAGUCUGCAUCAACUGCACAUUAUUAUUAUUUUGCUUCGUUUUGUCUUGAUUCAAUUGUCAGGAGUUCCCAUAACAAAUCUUAGAAACAUUCAGAGAAAAUAAAGCUAUCCUUAAACUCUCUCAAAAACUGCUUUCAUCAUGUCAUAUUGAAUUUUUGUUCCUGAUGUAAAGUGCUUUGGAUUAGUUUUUCAACUAAAGUUCAAUGUGACUGGAACUAUGUAUUGGAUAAUCCUUUCUCUACAGUAUAGAAAUGGCAACUUCCAUGAGAAUCAAAACUCCAGGCAACAAACUAAUGAUGAGAUUCAAAAUGACUCUUGCAUAUUAAUUUCAUUACAUGGUAUAGGUCCUCAACUUGCGACCAGUUGCUUAGCAACAAAAGUUACAAUACCCCCCCACACACACAAAAGUAAUUGGUUGGAUAUGAAGUUCUGAUGACCCCCCCCAACAGACACAUGAUCACACUUUAGAUAACAAUUGUUCCAUAAAUAUGCAUUUGCCAUGUGACAGCAAUUGACAUUUUUUGCUGGGACCUGGUGUUUACUUCUGGCUUCCAGGAAAAAAAAAACAUCCAUUAGGGACAAUGUGUUAAUAACCACUGGUAAAAAGGUCAUACUGGACGUGGACCAGUGAUUGUGUGCUUAAAAUCCAGCAUGAUUAACAAUGGUAAUUCCAGG